GUUAAGUGUAGCCAACCGUUAACGGAGCCAAAAUUAAAAUGAAAUUCUUUGUUGCUAUUGCCUUCGCCGUUAUUGCCAGCGUUGCUGCUGAUGUCAGCCACCUGAGCAACACCUACCUGCCACCAUCGGCUGCUGCUAGCUCCGUCUCAUCCGAGUACCUGCCCCCAAGCUACUCGUCAGCUGCAUCUGCUCCCAGCGUGAUCUACGCUGCACCUACCAGCUCGGUCUCCUCCUACUCAGCACCUGCCCGUUCCGUCUCUUCAUACUCCUCGGCUCCAGUUGCUGCCGCUUCGUACUCAGCACCCACAUACUCAGCUCCAGCUGUAUCGUACUCGGCUCCAGCACGUUCCGUUUCUUACUCGGCUCCAGCUGCAUCUUACUCAGCUCCAGUUGCUGCUGCUUCGUACUCUGCCCCAACAUACUCAGCUCCAGCUGCAUCCUACUCGGCUCCAGCUCGUUCCGUUUCAUACUCAGCUCCAGCUGCAUCUUACUCAGCUCCAGUUGCUGCUGCUUCGUACUCAGCCCCAACAUACUCAGCUCCAGCUGCAUCCUACUCGGCUCCAGCUCGUUCCGUUUCCUACUCAGCUCCAGCUGCAUCUUACUCAGCUCCAGUUGCUGCCGCUUCGUACUCGGCCCCAACAUACUCAGCUCCAGCUGUAUCCUACUCGGCUCCAGCUCGUUCCGUUUCUUACUCAGCUCCAGUUGCGGCCGCUUCGUACUCAGCCCCAACAUACUCAGCUCCAGCUGCCUCUUACUCGGCUCCAGUCGCUGCCGCUUCACACUCAGCUCCCUCUUACUCUGGUGUUGACACCGCUUACGGUGCCAACGGUGGUUACAUCUACCGCAAACGUCGUUAG